AUGGCGUCGGCCAAUUCCUACCAACCCGAUGAGGAUGACGACUAUAUCCAAGUGAUGGAGGUCUACCCCUCCCAGAACCACUACGGUGUCGUCAACCCCUACUAUUACUCGGAUUACUAUGACAACUUGAACUCGACGUUGAGUUUCGACUACCCGAACCCUUACAGCGUCGACACGUCUGCAAAAGUGAUAUUAAGCAUGAGUUAUACGCUAAUGAUACUGAUAUGUGGGACGGGCAACCUUUUGUUGUGUUGUGUGAUCUACCGCUUCAAGCGAAUGCGAACGGUUACUAAUUUAUUGAUAGGAAACCUGGCGCUCUCGGAUUUUCUGGUUGCUGCGGUGGUGGCGCCCUUUAACUUUUAUUACUAUCUACACCAGACGUGGCCGUUUGGCCGAGCUAUGUGUGUGAUUGUUGGUUAUUUGAAAGCAGUUUCGCUCUACGUCUCCGUCAAUUCCCUGUUGAUCAUCGCCAUAGACAGAUAUCUGACGAUAAUGAACCCUCUACGACCUCGGAUGACCCAUAACACCACAAUGACCAUUCUUAUCUUCAUUUGGAUAGUCUCCGCCGCAGUCGUCAUCCCAACCGCAAUCUACAGCAAGACAUUCAUAAUAGUGGGUCCGGGAGGGCAGAUACUGACUCAAUGCGGCGAGAUGGGCUGGCGGAACUCUGCCCUGAAGGUCAACACGCUCUUCCUCGUCAUCGGCGAGUUCAUCUUCCCUCUCCUCCUCAUGUGCAUUAUUUACUUUCUGAUCGCCAGGCGACUGUGGUUCCGCCAAGUUCCGUGCGAUCAUCUGACGGAGCAACAGGAGGCGAACGCGGAAGCGUCUAAGAGGCGGACAAUACGCAUGCUCAUUAUCGUCGUGGGCUUGUUCGCGGUUUGUUGGGCGCCGUACAACGGAUUCUCGAUAGCCAGGGAUUUCUAUCUCCAAACGCGCCAGGAAUCGUUAUACAAGACCAUUAACACCGUGUUUUACAUGGUUGAAGCCUUAGCCAUGAGCAACAGCAUGUUCAACACGCUAAUUUAUAUCUUCUUCAACGCCAACUUUCGGAAGUGUGUGUUUCAAAUGUUUACGCCUGCGCAUCGGACAUGUUCCUACCAAUCGACUGUCAGGGUGCGGUAUUCCCGCCCAACACAAGCCGCAAAAGCCUCAUCCAACCAUUAUGAUGCGUGCAAUAACAGGCAUGAUACAUCGCAAGAUACCGCCAGAACUUCAUUCUAUCAAAACGAGGUUCGGUAG